GGGUACAAGAGGGUGUUUGAGGAAUAUGCACAGUUCCUCGGCCAAAAUUUUCCAAAUUUGAACAUUGUUGGUGACAAUUACCCUCCUCCUCGUCCAAGACAGAUGCUAGCAUCAUUUUUGAGCAUUGCUAAGAUGGUUGUAAUAGGACUAAUCAUAUUUGGGGAAAGAAUGCAAAUAUUUGAAUCAUUAAACGUCAAUCCUCCAUCAAUAUAUCAGUGGGCUAUUCAAAACAAGAUGUAUUCCUGUAUCUUACUAUUUUUUAUUUGCAAUACGAUAGAAGGUCAAUUAAUUUCUACUGGGGCAUUUGAAGUAACGUUUAAUGAUAUUCCUGUAUGGUCAAAACUUCAGGCAGGACGAUUACCAUCACCGUCUGAACUUCAUCAAAUAGUUGAGAACCAGCUGAAAUUUGCCCCAAGCCAAUAGAUGUAAUUGUCUUAAUUGCGAGUGCAUAGUAUAUGAAGAUCCUGGCAUAAAGUGGCUAGCCACACGCCUGGAUUGGAUGGGAAGCAAGCAUUCCACUAUGAUAUUCCUAAUUAAUACAACUACAUAUACUGGCAUGAGCAAAACAAAGCCAUCAGUAAAGCAGCCUGGACGAUAGAUUAGUAACAUUUACAGAUAUCAUGUAUAUUUCUCAAUAAAAAGGAUUUAAAUUAUGCAUAAUAAUGUACUUGAAGAUCAGUGCAAAUCAGCUCUUGUAAAAAUGAAUUAUUCUAAAAUGUUUGUUUUUUUCAAUUUCUUGUCGAUCUGAACAGCAUCGACAUAUAUAUAGCAAUCUGCRUAUACAAAGGACUAAUUCUUAUUGGUGUAAAUUUUUUUUAACUUUCUUGUUAGGAUUCUUAAUGAUGCUGCUCUGUCAAACUGCUUGCUUGUUCUUAUAAAUAACUAUAGAAGAAUUUCUGAUAGUUAUAUCUUAAUCUAUGUAUAACAGUAUAAAUAUAACAAAAUCUCUAUUGAGCAGACCCAUUAUUAAGUCCGCACCCUUCAUUAAAUGGAAAACUAGUUGAAUGUCUAAUGUAAAACAACCCUCUAUUCAGCAGUCACCCUGUAUUAGACACCAGGCAAAGUCCUGUAGGUGGCAGCUUAUAGAGGUAUCACUUGAUCCUGUAAAAUUUUGAUGAUUUGUACAAUUAAUUAUUGUAAACUGGUUUAUGCAAUAAAUAAAAUGAAUUCAAUGCAGCAAUAAUAA